ACGACCGCACGGCUGUAGUCAGUCUGCGAUCGGCGUUCGUGCUGUCGGUAUCGUCUCCGGUUCGAUCGUUGUUUCAAUGCAGCCAUAGUGAUCGAUCACUUCCUACUUACAUUCAUUCGAAUCUCACAGUGUGGUGAUGUACUUUCCCAUAAAAAUUUCAAUUCAAGUGACUUCGUGAAAAUUAUUCAUUCUUUUUCUCUCUCUCUGGAAAGUGGUUCGACGUUUAUAAGAGAUUCUAUUCGAUAUACGUUUUUAUUAUCUUAUCACGAGUGUAAAAGGAGAGAAGCAGAGAAAAAGGUGUAGUAGACCGCCUUGCGGCGAGCAUUACGCAAUCGUCGCGACCGGCAGGAAUAAUGAAGUCGAAGACGAGCGAGAGUUUUAUAGCGAGUGAAAGUAACGGGGUCAAGAAGGACCAGGAGCAUAAGCAAAAGCAACUGAAGAGAGGUAAAACGUUCUGCCAGUCUUGCAAGAAGAAGUGCAGCGGGGAGGUGCUACGAGUGCAGGACAAGUAUUUCCACAUAGGGUGUUUCAAGUGCGCUCAAUGCAACUCCAGCUUAGCGCAGGGUGGUUUCUUCGCACGCGAGGGCUCUUACUACUGCACCAAGGAUUACAGGGAACGUUGGGGGACAAAGUGUGCAGGUUGUGGGGAAUACGUCGAAGGCGACGUGGUCACCGCAGGUGACAAACAUGCCUUCCAUCCUAACUGUUUCCAUUGUCAGAGAUGCAGGCAACCUCUGCUGGGCCAAGGGACGAAGGUGUCCCUCGUUCAAGGUCAAGCUCUGUGUCAUCGAUGCGUUGGUAUCCCGGUUCGAGAGGCCUCGACGCCGGUCGGUAAUAAUUCUGCCACCAGAGGAUCCGGAGACGGGCCCUCCGACCCCGGUGCUUGUGCCGGUUGCGGAAACCAAUUACGAGAAGGUCAAGCUUUGGUCGCUCUUGAUCGACAGUGGCACGUAUGGUGCUUCAAGUGCCAUAGCUGCGACACUGUGCUCCAUGGCGAGUACAUGGGAAAAGAUGGGGUGCCUUACUGCGAGAAGGAUUACCAGAAGCAAUUCGGGGUGAAAUGUGCCUACUGCAAUCGUUACAUAAGCGGGAAAGUCUUGCAAGCCGGCGAUAAUCAUCAUUUCCAUCCAACUUGUGCCCGAUGCACCAAAUGCGGCGAUCCAUUCGGUGACGGGGAGGAAAUGUACCUACAAGGUGCAGCCAUAUGGCAUCCUCGCUGCGGACCGGGUCCCAGUGGUCCGAAUGGUAUCGUUAACGGCCACGGUGAAGCUCACACCCCUCAACAUCGUGAAUCCGAACGGAUUUCCAGCAGCGCCUCGGAAAUGCAGUUUUCAUUGCGGUCACGCACGCCAAGCCUGAACGGAUCACUCUGCAGCCCUUACAGCAGCCUCAGUCGCAAGUAUUACCCCGCACGAACCGGCAGUCCUGGACUGAUAUUGCGGGAAUACGGACGCGGACCAUCCGAGGAUGUGUCUAGGAUUUAUACGUACUCGUAUUUGACCGAAACGCCCAGCCAAGGAUACUUGAGACGUCCGAUACAGCCUUACGACAAACCUCCGACUAGCCCGCACUUUCAUAGACCUAGCUCGUCCCGUUCGAUAAGAAGCAGCGGUGGACGCAGUAGCCGAUCUGGAAUGCGAGCUCUGGUCGAUGCUCUCAGCGAGACCAGACCAAAGUCACCGGCCAGUCAAGUAGAUAAUGACGAGCCAAUAGAGUUGGCGCAUUAUCCGGACGCCAUGAAACCUCCACCCGGAGCCAAGCCACCGAUCGAAAGGGACGAUUUCCCGGCUCCGCCGUAUCCUUAUACCGAUCCAGAAAGACGUAGACGAUGGUCCGACACAUAUAAGGGUGUACCAGCGUCGGACGACGAGGACGAGGUUGACAACAAAACGUAUAUAAAAGAGGUGGAGGAGAAGCUGCAAAAGGAACAGGACGAGUUAAGUAAAAUAGACACUGGUAUAGCGAAGGUGUUCUUACACGAUCGUGAAAAGGAUCGGGAGAAUUUGAGACACAAGGCUGCUAACGUGGAUCCUAGGAAUGCCUCCAGGACACCAUCAGCUGCUAGGGAACCGACCUACAGACUGCGAUACGAGAGUCCAGUUGGUGCAUCACCAUCUAGGAAUAUAGAUCAUGCCAGACCUUGGGAGGACGACGAUGGUUUCAGUUAUAGAUCGAGCAUAGGGCCAAGUUACAACGUUGGGAGGUCAUCGGCACGUUCCCCGGCUCCCAGAAACUAUCCACCCGUUGGUACUCAACGCGCCUUCACUCUUCCAAACGCCGCUAGGCACUAUCAUUCGGUGAUUGUGAGCUCCCUUCGGCACAUCCCGAAGCCAGGGUACGGUCUGGCACCGCGAAGUCACACCUUCUCCUCGACCGGCGGUUCUGUAUCUGCUCUCCCUGGUGAUUAUUCGUACAGUGGGAUGGGAGACAAGACGCACAGCACUGAUUUCUCGUCUGGCAAAUCAGAUAUAUCAACAGGCAGCAUCACGGAUGUGGAUCGGCGGGCAUUGAAUGAUGGUGGGAUGCUGCCAUCGUCCACCACGUAUACAGGUGGGCUAGGUUCGGUAGUCGGAAGCCACGGGGGUCAUCACGUAAGGAGAUCGUUGCCAGAUAUGGGUACAGCACCAUCCGAACCACCGAAACUCUAUCCUUAUCACUUACUUGUCAUCACUAACUACAGGCUGCCAGCCGACGUGGAUCGUUGCAAUCUCGAGCGACACCUUGCCGAUGCGGAGUUCGAGGCAGUCCUCCAGUGUACCCGUGCCGAAUUCUACAGACUACCCCAGUGGCGUCGUAACGAAAUCAAAAGACGUGCCCGACUGUUCUAACCAGCAGCAUAUUCACGUUACGCGUUCUACUUAUAUAUUACCUUCAUCAUGUCGCGACUGUGUUACCGUGCUAUAGAGUGUACAUUCCUUCAGCGUGGUAGGUAUAUCAUGGAAAAGGGAACACGUGUUCAAAGAACCGACGAACCAUGGCGGUUUUCAAACGCGAACAAAUAUCACCGUGCGAUUGUCGUUGGUCACUGACGUUCACAAUGAUUCAUAGAGAAUCUUCAAGUGACACGACACGCUCGUUUACACAUACACACAGAUACACACAUUACACAGGACACGUAUAAAACCGCCGUUCAUUUACAAGAAAAUAGUAAGACAUACACACAGAUAAGCACUGCCAUUCGUCGUCAAUUUUCUUCUCUCAGCAACGAAUCCACAGGCAGCUUGAUCGUUGAUAAAAAUUCAUAUUAAAUAUUCCUGUGACUUCGGGGCGCCUUGCGGGAGAAUCUUUGCUGUUCAUAAAUGUGUUUAUUCGUUUACGCGAUUAGCAUACAAGAUUUGCUAAAAGAUGAUGAAUAAAAUGAAGGGGAAGGAACAUUUCGAAUCGGAUCGACGAUAGAGUAUAAAAGUUAUCGUUGUUAACGACAAGUGUUUCGAUUGUCAAUGAGAUAGAGUUAAAGGGGAUACAUAUAUCUGUAUAUGUACGUGGAAUCCUAUUUGGUGACCGUUUUAGAGAACGGUUUCUUCGAAGAGAGAAUUCUUCUAGCGUGUAAUUUCAAGUCUAACGACCGUGAAGAGGGGAAAAGAGAACGGGGUAGAUAGGGUAACAUUAUAAGGGUGUAGCUGUCUGAAAUUUUACCAUUUAACGGAAAACCUUUAUCGUGACUUAGAAGCUUACUCGUGGACGCGUCGACGGAGCACGCUAGAGGAAGGAAUAAAAAGAUAUUUCAAAAGCAAUUAUUAUUAAAGGACAUAUGGUAAUACUCGUAAUGCACGUGCGUUGUUGUAAAUAAAAAAAAAAAAAAGA